ACGAGAAAGUCGUUUUCGAGGUAUAGAUCCUAAUAAACAAAAAGUACACCCCAAUAUACUACAACCCUGUAAAAGUCUUCUCCUCGAAUUUCUCUGUCCGAACACCUUUCGCGUAUCCAACGAUGGCCAACGUUGAAGAGACAACGAAGAAGAAGUUACAGACAAGCUACUUCGAUGUGGUCGGAAUCUGCUGUUCAUCUGAAGUUUCUCUUGUCGGAGAAAUUCUUCGUCCUCUUGACGGCGUCAAAGAAUUCUCCGUCAUCGUCCCUUCUAGAACCGUCAUCGUUGUCCAUGACAUCCUCUUGAUCUCUCCGCUUCAAAUCGUCAAGGCACUGAAUAAAGCUAGGUUAGAAGCAAGCGUGAGACCAUACGGAGAGACAAGCUUGACUAGUCAAUGGCCAAGCCCUUUUGCAGUUGUUUCUGGUGUAUUGCUUGCUCUCUCCUUCCUCAAAUACUUUUAUAGUCCUCUUGAGUGGUUCGCUGUUGUUGCUGUGGUGGCUGGAGUUUUUCCUAUUCUCGCUAAAGCUGUUGCUUCUGUCACAAGGUUUAGGGUUGACAUCAACGCUCUCACUCUAAUUGCUGUGAUUGCAACAGUAUGUAUGGAGGAUUACACAGAAGCUGCUACAAUUGUGUUUUUAUUCUCUGUUGCAGAUUGGCUCGAGUCAAGUGCUGCUCACAAGGCAAGCACGGUGAUGUCAUCGCUGAUGAGCUUAGCGCCUAGAAAGGCAGUGAUAGCGGAAACUGGGCAAGAAGUUGACGUAGAUGACGUUGGAAUAAACACAGUUGUUUCAGUUAAAGCUGGAGAAAGUAUACCGAUCGAUGGAGUUGUGGUGGAUGGAAGCUGUGAUGUGGAUGAGAAAACAUUGACAGGAGAGUCAUUCCCUGUCUCCAAACAAAGAGACUCUACUGUUUUGGCUGCAACCAUAAAUCUUAAUGGUUAUAUAAAGGUCAAAACUACAGCUCUAGCCAGAGACUGUGUGGUUGCGAAAAUGACUAAGCUUGUAGAAGAAGCACAGAAAAGCCAAACUAAAACUCAAAGGUUUAUUGACAAAUGUUCUCGCUACUACACUCCAGCUGUUGUUGUUGUAGCCGCAUGUUUUGCUGUCAUCCCUGUCUUGUUAAAGGUUCAAAACCUCAGCCAUUGGUUUCACUUAGCACUUGUUGUGUUGGUAAGCGGUUGUCCAUGUGGUCUUAUCCUAUCCACACCCGUUGCUACCUUUUGUGCUCUCACUAAGGCAGCUACCUCCGGCUUUUUGAUCAAAACCGGUGAUUGUCUAGAAACCUUGGCAAAGAUCAGGAUUUCUGCUUUUGACAAAACAGGAACCAUUACAAAAGCCGAGUUCACGGUCUCCGAUUUUAAGUCUCUUUCUCCAAAUAUCAAUCUGAAAACUUUGCUUUACUGGGUCUCAAGCAUAGAAAGCAAGUCAAGCCAUCCGAUGGCAGCUGCCCUUAUUGACUACGCGAGAUCAGUUUCUGUUGAGCCUACACCUGAUAGGGUCGAGAACUUUCAGAACUUUCCAGGAGAAGGAGUUUAUGGGAGAAUAGACGGUCAAGAUAUCUACAUUGGAAACAAAAGAAUUGCACAAAGAGCUGGAUGCUUAAGUACAGUUCCGGGUAUUGAAGCUAAUAUGAAGCGGGGUAAGACCAUUGGUUACAUAUACAUUGGAGAAGAACUGACCGGUAGUUUCAACCUUUUGGAUGGUUGUCGACAUGGGGCUGCUCAAGCUCUCCAGGAGCUCAAGUCCUUAAACAUCAAAACCGCAAUGCUCACAGGAGAUAACCGAGACGCAGCCAUGUCUAUUCAAGAACAGCUAGGGGACGCUUUGGAUAUAGUUCAUGCAGAACUUCUUCCACAAGACAAAGCAAGAAUCAUCGAUGAGUUCAAGAGCCAAGGGCCUACAAUGAUGGUAGGAGACGGGCUUAACGAUGCACCGGCCUUAGCCAAAGCAGACAUUGGCAUUUCAAUGGGGAUCUCAGGGUCAGCACUUGCGACAGAGACAGGAGAUAUCAUCCUUAUGUCCAACGACAUAAACAAGAUACCUAAAGGGAUGAGACUAGCGAGGAGAAGUCAUAGGAAAGUGAUUGAGAAUGUGGUUUUGUCUGUGGGCAUUAAAGGAGCAAUCAUGGUGCUUGGUUUGGUAGGUUACCCUCUCAUUUGGGCAGCUGUUCUUGCAGAUGCAGGGACUUGUUUGCUUGUGAUACUCAAUAGUAUGAUGCUUCUACGUGAUGAGCGUGAAGCUGCACCUGUGUGUUACCGUGCUUCUCCUUUGUCGCCGGUGAAGCUUGAGGAGCCUGAAGUGGAGGAUCUAGAAGUGGGCUUGUUGCAGAAGAGUGGGGAGACAAGUAAAAAGAGUUGUUGCUCUGGUUGUUGUAGUGGCCCUAAGGACAAGCAAACAGGGGACUUAGAGAGUUUCUGAAUCUGUAUGAAUUGGUAAGUACUAAAUAAUAAUAUUAUAGAAUUGAAUGUAUUGUAAUUUGUGUGCGAAGUAUUUGGAAAUUAUUGUGGCGGAAGAUGCAAAACUUAUGCCAAUUAGUUUUAAUAAGAUGGAUAUUAGUCUCUAUUUAGAACAAAUUUGUGUGUUUGGAUGUGUUUCUUAUGUCACCGAUAUUUAUAAAUAUACAUUAUUUAUUAAGGAGUAUCCUCUUGUAGUCUUAUUCAUCUACUUCACCAUUUCAAUCAAUUAAAACAAACAACAAGUUGCUUGAAUAUUAUGGUUUUAUGAAACCGUAGCAAUAACCAACAAAAAAAAAUGUAAAAUUCACCGGGAUCCCAA